CCUUAUAAAACAAGCAACGAAAACACCAUUGAUUCACAACAAAAUAUGAGCAUCAUGGAGCUUCUUCUUCCUUAUUGUAAUUUCUUUCUGCUUCUUCCUCUACUUCUCCUCCUAGCUCUAUAUUUUCUCAAAACCAGAAAGAAUGGUCAUCAUCCUCCAGGUCCACCUAGACUUCCCAUCAUUGGUAACUUGCAUCAACUAGGAAAACCGAUGCAUCAAGUACUAGACGAACUAUCUAAAAAAUAUGGUCCAGUCAUGCUUCUACAACUUGGUCGCGUGCCAACACUCGUAAUCUCCUCCCCUGAAGCUGCCAAACAAAUCUUGAAAACGUACGAUCUUCAGUUUUGCAAUAGGCCUUCGCUUGCUGCAUCUAAACGUUUAUCGUAUAAUCACUUGGAUAUUGCUUCUGGAACUUAUGGAGAGUAUUAUAGGGAGAUUCGAAAAAUAUGCCUACUUGAACUUUUUAGUACAAAAAGGGUGCAGUCUUUUAAGACGGUCAGGGCAGAGGAAAUGGAGUUGUUGAUUGAUUCCUUAUCGUCUUCUUCUGCAAAUUCUACCCCUGUUGAUGUUAUUAAAAAGUUAACAAAUUUUACACAUAGAACAGUUUUUAGGAUUGCUUUUGGAAGCAAAAAGACUGGUGAUCAUAGUAGGAAUGAACUGGCUGAUUCCAGGCUUAUGGAAAUCCUUGACGAGCUCAUGGUAGGUUUAACUGGAUUCUCUGCGUCCGAUUUCUUUCCCAAAGUAGGCUGGAUUAUUGAUAGGAUUACUGGAAGUCAUGCUACAAUUGAAAAAUGCUUUCAUGAUUUGGAUGAAUUUUUUCAACAAAUGAUAGACCAACAUCUCGACCCCGAGAGACUCAAACCAGACCGGGAUGAUAUUAUAGACGUCUUGCUGAAACUAGAUAAAGAUCAUCAAGCGAGUAAAAUUCGUUUUACGAAUAACCAUAUCAAAGCAAUUCUUAUGAAUGUUUUUGUUGCUGGAAUAGAUGCACCAACCGUAACAAUGAAUUGGGCGAUGACAGAACUGGCUAGAAAUCCAGAAGCAAUGAAGAAAGUUCAAGAAGAGAUACGAAACUAUGUGGGAUCGAAAGGAAAAGUAGAAGAAUCAGACCUUGAUAAUUUCCACUACUUAAAAAUGGUAGUCAAAGAGGCUCUACGGAUGCACGCACCAGCCCCACUGCUAUCUCCAAGAGAAUGCAUUAAACACAGUAAGAUUGAUGGAUACGACGUAUACCCGAAAACAAGGGUCCUAAUUAAUGCAUGGGCAAUGGGGAGGAAUCCUAAGUAUUGGAAGAAUCCAGAGGAAUUCAUGCCGGAGAGGUUUAAAGAUAGCUUCAAUAUGGAUUUUGCAGGUACUCAAAAUUUUGAAUACGUACCAUUUGGGGCAGGUCGAAGGAUUUGUCCUGGAAUGAACAUGGGAAUUGUGUUGACAGAGUUCGUCCUUGCCAAUAUAUUGUAUGCUUUCGAUUGGAAAUUACCAAAUGGACUCAAGAAGGAAGACAUAAACAUGGAGGAAUCAUCAGGGAUUAGUAUCCAUAAGAAAUAUCCACUUGAGCUUGUACCCGUCAAGCAGAUGCAAAGUUAGGAAAUUUGACUAGGAAAAAAUAAAAUUGUGUGCUCUAUGUUAUGUAAUGUAUGCUUUUGGAAUCACCAAACAAUCUUUUAUUUUGUGUGAAAUGUAAUGUAAUAAAUGCUUUUGCGAUCACCAAGGUAUCUUUUAUUUUGAGCGAAAUGUUUGGCUAA